AUGAAGAUUUAUUACUUUUUAACAAAAUUCAUACCUAGAAUACCGGUACCAAAGAUUAAAAACCCAUAUGGACUCAUACAUACCGGAGACUUUAUACUUUUCGCGAAAAAGAAACGAAUUUUCGAAGAUAUUUUAACAACAAAUAUUAUUCGAAUUCAUUUUUCCAAUCCAUUACAAGUAACAAUAGAAGAUGAGCAAUGGGAACAAUUGCAUACAGCAUUUACAAAGAUAACUACAAAUAUUUGUUAUAGAGUUAAUUCAUCCGACUUUAAUAAUAAUGAUUUGAUUGUAUUGCCUCAGUUUGUGACCGUAAAUCAGCAAGAGAAUGAAAGUUUCUUGAAAAAUACACUAAAAUGGUGCGAAAUUUUCAAUUCUGAUGAUGUUUUAAGUAAUGACUAUAUAGCAAUAGCAGAAAAAUUAGAUAAAAAGUCAAAUGGUCGUAACUUGAUGUCAUUUGUGUCUUCUCAUGGCUCCGAAAUCGACAGAUUUUUCGAAUUUGUCGAAAAUCUUAAAAUUCCGGUCCAAGACUUUAUUGACAAAACAGAACCGUGCAACGAGAUAGAAGAUCGUCAAUUAAAUACGGCAAUAUUCUUUUGCACGAAAUUCAGCUACAGAUUAAUAGAAUCUUUAAUUCAAGUCUCUACAAAGAAUAAAGUACUUGUUUUUAAGAGACCUGUGUUCGGAUAUUCGGUUGAUUCUGUUUGUGAACCAAAAGGAAAGAAAUACAAAGAAAUAUUUUUCAAAAAAUACAGAAGUUCAGACUUGAACGAAGAACUUCCAUUGAUAAGUGUUGUUGGACCAUUCAUAGAGUUCGAUUCCCCUGAUGAAUUGAUGAAUAACCUCACAAAAUAUCCACAACAUUAUUCUCUCUUCCAAAUGAACUUGGAAUACAUCUACGAACACAAAUUAUCGAUUAUACAGCAAAUACUACAAAGAAUUCCAGAAGAUUUUACUUCCAAAUUGAAAAAUGACAAAUUAAUGUAUCCAAUUGAGAUUAUGACCGAGAAACUAUUCCCAAGGACCGUACAAUCAUUGCUAUAUUUGUUUAAUGAUAUCUUUGAUCAGAUAAAACCGAUGAAAUUGGGAGAUGAGCCAAUUAAUGUGAAAAUGCAGAAGACAAUUCGCAAAUUUACCGAAAAAUUCAACUAUACAUUCAAGAAUUGGCACAUUGUUUGGCAGUUUCUGAUCGAUCCUUCUUAUUAUUUCAGAUCAUCUCAGUUUAUUCACAACUACGAAAGGCUUGAGUACCUCGGCGAUACUGUUCUCGACCUCCUGUUUGGUAUAUCAGUGUUCAAUGGCUGCUACAACUACGCAAAUGAAGGUUUGAUGUCAGAAUUGAAAAUUGCCUUCGUCAAAAACCGAACUUUCUCAAAGAUUUCGGAGAUAUUAGACCUCAAGUCCCUACUUUGCACUUCAACUCCCACGAAUUAUGAUCUUGGAAAGAAAGGAUCGGCAGAUCUUUUUGAAGCCCUAUUUGGAGCCAUUCUCCUUGACUCGAACAUCAGCAAAUGCAUUGAGAUCUUCAAGAAAAUCAUCGAGGAAUACCAAGAAGAGUUCCUUGAAACAGUUCGGAUAACUCAUGCGGACAAAGUCAUCAAAUACAUCACGAAAACAAGCGUGGAUGACUACAUGAACCUUGUUAUGCCCAAGAAAGUGUCAAGAGACCAUGUUGACCAUGAAAAAUUAUCAAAAAUUUUGGAACUUGACAUAAAUCCAUCAAAUGUCACUCAAUUUACUGUUGCUUUGACUCAUUCAUCAGUUGGAAAGUACAAUUAUGAGAGAAUCGAGUUCAUUGGAGAUUUAAUUGUGAAAUAUUCUCUUAUUGUUUCACAAAUGGAAGCAUUUCCAAACGCAACAGAGUCAGGAAUGUCUAUUGCUUCAUCUUUUCUUAAAAGCAAUGACUUUCUUGGUAAAAGAGCCUACAAAAUUGGUUUAAUUGAUUUAUUAUCAAUUGUUCGUAAAGAAAACAGCUCAGAAGAUGCUGCAAAGGGAGAUAUCGAUGAAUCCAGAACUCCGAAAUACUAUGGAGAUGUUUUUGAAGCAAUUACAGCUGCAAUUGCCGGAACAUUUGGAAUUAUUACGGCAAUGAGGUUCGUAAUCAAAAACUCCAUAGGAAAAGAGUGGCCAAUAGACUCAAACCAUCCGAAUUUACCUAUUAAAGUCCAACUCCUCUACUUUUUGCAAAAUGAGUUUAAGAUCAUCCCGAAUUUCAUUACAAUUUGUGUUGAUAACAUGCAUUAUUCAUUUUGCGACCUCAACAAUGUCAGACUUCCUGUUUUUGGAGCUGAUGAAGAUAAAAUUGUCAGCCAAAACAAGCUGGCAACCGAAAUGAUGAAUUUAAUUAACCAGACUGAUGUUGUUGAAAAGCUCAAGGAGAGAUUGGCCAAUGAAUCUGAAGAUGAGGAAAGAAAUUCAAAUUUUGUUAUAUUUUAA